CAGCGAAGACGGAAGAAAGCAGCUUUAAAUCAUCAGAGCCUCAAACAUGAACGCCCGUCACUCUCUGAUCUGCUUCUUCUUCCUCACACUGAGGGAUGGAAACAGUGGGCUCACCAACGCACAAAACCUCCACCGUACAGAAACUGAAGGAGGAAACAUCACAUUCAAAUGCUCAUUUUCUUUCUCUGGAGGAAGGAAGCUCUUCUGUAAGGGAAAAUGUAAAGAUGGAAACAUUCUGGUAGAAACGACUGGAGACUCAGCUCAGAGAGGCAGAUACAGCAUCCAAUAUAAGGAAGGAGCUUUUCCAGUAAGAGGUACAGUUCUGUAUGUGAACAUCACAAAGCUGACCAAGUCUGACGCAGGACAGUACCAAUGUGGUCUGGUCAGAUCUGCACCUUUCCCUGACUCACACCAGGACUUUGAGAUCAGAGUUUUAGAUGCUUCAACAUCUCCCCGACCUUUUCCAACAUCAGCCCCAUCAGCCUCCCCACUGACCCCCACUCAGAGUCUGAGCUCCGUACCUUCCUCAGCCUCCCCUGAACGCAUCACGCAGUCUCAACAGGGACCAGGUGUGGUGCUGUACGUUGGUCUGAUUCUGCUCGCCAUGUUCAUCGUACUAUCGGUUGCGUUGCUGAUAUUCUGCAGGAAGAGAGCCAGGAAAGAACCUCUUGUGGAAACUGAGUAUGUUUCUGAUACAGAGACUAACCAACUGCAUGAGGAGAUCAGAGAGGUGGACAGAAGGAGCAGUUCUCCUCCUGUAGAAACAUCUACCAUUUACUCCUACGCCAAACCAAACCAACCAAACGGAGUCGAAUCCACAGACGAGUACAGCUUAGUCACUGCAGCCACUUCUCAGAAGGAAACUAAAGAUGACCCAGGUAAUCUCAACUACUCAGAGGUGGAUUUCUCAAAAAGUGCUUUCCCGCUCCACAGCGCCCCCUGUGGCUACACAGAUAACGUCCUCUACUCUGAUCCUCGGGUAGCACAGAGCUCCGACGUUAGCCACGCAGAAGACGCUUCACCUCCUCUUUACUCCACUGUUUCUUUACAUCAGAUGUAGCUUCAAAUCUGUCAUUUCCAAAUGUACUUUCUCAGUGACCGACUGAUGAACACAAAGCUGUGUAAUUAGGCAUUUAAAAUGUAUCUGGUAAAUAACUUAAAGGUCUCCUAUCAUGCAAAAUGCACUUUUUAAUGUCCUUUAGGGAACUCACAAAGUGUCAGAAAAUGAAACCCUCUCUUUUCCUCCUUACCAAAAUCUCUAAAAACGGGGGCACAACGGAGCUGAUCCAGAUGUGCGUCCGAUAUGAUGUAAUAUCGAAACGUUACUAUCAGAAAAAAUGCACGACGUGUUUUGGACGUAAAAUGGUCUUUGUUUACAUUAGCAAGCAUCGCUAACACUCAGAGCUAACGCUACUGGAGUGAGUAUGUGUAAAAAAGCAGGAAAUAAAGAAAGGAUCUCGCCUUGUG